UCGUCCCCGCAUCUCUGACUCGUUCCCCCGCCGCCGUUGACUUUCGCGCGCCUCGCAUAAAAGAGGGCCAUGGCCGCCCUUCUCUCCGACGGUCUUCCAUGGCGGCUGCAUCGUCAUCCUCAUCAUCUUCUUCUUCUUCUUCCUCGUCUUGCGACGCCGUCCCUCGAUGGGACUACGACGUCUUCCUCAGCUUCCGAGGCGAGGACACUCGCGCUGGCUUCGUCAGCCACCUCCACAGCGCCCUCCGCCGCGGAGGAGCCCGCGUUUUCAUUGACGACGAGCUCCGGCGGGGGGAGAGGAUCUCCCUUUCGCUGGAGCGGGCCAUUGAGAGCUCCAGGAUCGCCAUCGUCGUCUUCUCCCGCAACUUUGCUGCCUCCACCUGGUGCUUGCAGGAGCUGACCAAGAUUCUCGAGAUGCAGGACUCGAGAGGGCAACUGGUCCGGCCGGUGUUCUACCACGUUGACCCAAGCGAUGUGCGGAAGCAGACCGGGGACUUCGCGGAGAUCAUGGCGAGGCAUGAAGAGGUUUUUGGUGGUGGUGGUGGUGGUGGCGAUGGUUCGGAGAGAGUGAAGAAGUGGAGAAACGCACUUCGCCAAGCGGCUAAUUUGUCCGGAUGGCAUCUAGACAAGGGUGUUGAAUCUGAACUUAUCCAGAAGAUUGUUGAAGAAGUGUCAAGCAAGCUACACCGCCCAUACUUGAAUGUUGCGCAGCAUCCAGUUGCUCUUGACAAACAUAUACAGGCUAUUAGAAUGUUGUUGCAUCCAGAGGACAAUGGCAUUCGUGUAGUGGGUAUCUGCGGGAUUGGCGGAAUAGGCAAGACAACCAUUGCUAAAGCUGUACACAAUAUGAUUGCUGACCAAUUCGAAGGUAGUAGCUUUCUGACAAAUGUCAGAGAAAUUUCUUGGCAGUAUGGCCUAGAUAAAUUGCAAGAAGCUCUUCUUCGUGACAUUUUGGGGGAUAAAACCAUAAAUGUUGGCUACAUUCAGACAGGUGUAGAUUUGAUAAGGCAAAAGCUUUGCAAUAAAAGGAUUUUGUUAGUUCUUGAUGAUGUGGAUAGUACAGACCAACUAAGGGGCUUAUUGGGUGAAAGAGGUUGGUUUGGUCAGGGGAGUAGAAUAAUUUUAACAACAAGAGAUGAACAAGUAGUAGUCACUCACGGUGCAGAAAUCUAUAAGGUCGGUGAACUAAAUUAUGAUGAUGCUCUUCAACUUUUUAGUUGGAAUGCCUUUCAGGAACCAUCUCCUACAAGAGAUUACCAGCUUAUCUCCUUUGGCUUUGUUCACUUUGCCAAACGUCUCCCUUUGGCUCUUAUUGUAUUGGGAUCUUUCUUGAGUGGUAAGAGUAUUCAAGAAUGGAAUUGUGCAUUAGAAAGAUUGAGAGUCAUUCGUGAUGGUGAGAUUGAUGAGAUUCUAAAAAUUAGUUUUGAUGGAUUGGAAAUUCAUGAACAAACUAUCUUUCUUGACAUCGCUUGUUUCUUCAAAGGUGAAGAUAAAGAUACUGUAACAAAGCUGCUAGAUCGCUGUAACUUUUAUCCAGACAAGGGGCUCCAAAUUCUCUCUCAAAAAUCACUUAUAUAUAUAGACUCAAACAAGAUCUGGAUGCAUGACUUGCUUCAAGAAAUGGGUCGAGAAAUUGUGCGUCAAGAAUCUCCUGAGAAUCCUGGCGGCGCAGCAGACUCUGGUAUCAUGAGGAUAUUCUGAGAGUCUUCCGAGAAAAUUUGGGAACAAACUCUGUUGAAGGUAUUAAAUUAGACAUGAUUGAGCCUGAAGAGGUGUUUAUGGGUACAAAAGUUCUCAAACAGAUGAAAAGGCUUAGAUUGAUUUUGGUUCGAAACAUCCAUAUGUCUGGAUGCCCCGAGAAUCUUUCGAAUGAGAUAAGGUGGCUCGAUGUGCAUGGAAACAACUUGCUAGCACCUGUAGAGAGCUCUGGUCCUGCACGACCAAGCAUUCAUGAUUCCAGUCCCACCAAACCUGCUAAGAAUGAGAAACAUCAUGGUCGGAUCAGAACGAUCUUGUUUAGAUCAAGAAACUACAAAAUUAAUUGCAGAGAUGCUCUGCCAGACUUUAAAUGUAUUAUGGCUCCCUCGCAUAAGCUUGCCCAAUUUUUAUGCUUCAAAGGACGCAAGGGUUGUACUCAUAAUCAUCGCCAAGCAGAUUCUGACCGCGGGGACUCUGACAGCGCGAGUGCAGAUUCUGAGAGUGAUAUGCCCUUGCAGGUGUUCAGAAAAUUUUCGAAGGCUGAGCUAAUUCAUGCAAGUAACAAUUUCUCCGAUCAUAAUAAGAUUGGAGUAGGCAGCGCCGGUUCAGUGUAUUACGGGAUAUUGGAUGGGCGGGAAGUGGCCAUCAAGUGGACAUAUGUAACCAGAAAAGGCUUUGAAUAUGGUGCUUUCAUCGCCGAGAUCCAGACUCUCUGUCAUGUCAAUCACAAGAAUCUUGUUCGGAUGUUGGGAUUUCAUGCAACAUGCAGUGAGCACGCCCUAGUAUGUGAGUACAUGAACAAUUGCUUGCUAUUCUAACAACUUUACACUUUCAAAAGCUCAGCUCUGAUUUCGUGGACGACACGGCUCAAGGUGGCACUAGAUGUCGCGAGGGGAAUGGAGUACUUGCAUGAAUUCACACGUCCUCAAAUAGUGCACGGAGAUGUGAAGUCAGCAAACAUAUUGCUGGACAAAAGCUGGACUGCCAAAAUUGCAGAUUUUGGAUCCUCCGUCCAUCUUCCUGAAGAUGAAGAAUCAGACCAUCGGGAAGUUGUUAGCGGCACCAUGGGUUAUUUGGCUCCAGAAUAUAUCUCGACCAAUAGACUAACAACUAAGGCGGAUGUGUAUGGCUAUGGCAUCGUGUUGCUUGAACUAUUAUCUGGGCGCAAAGCACUCCAAAGGGAUGAAGAUGGCCCAUUAUGCCAUAUCACGGAGGUCGUAGUUCCAAACAUAAUCGAGGGUAAAAUUUGCCAGUCUCUGGACCCAAGAUUGCCAGUUCCGGCCCAUUUCGAGAUGAUAGCAGUAUCAGACAUGGCGUACCUCGCGGUGGAUUGCGUUCACAUGCAAGCGGAAAACCGACCCCCUAUGACUUAUGUAGUGGACUCCCUCAGGAGUGCUUUAGCUAAAUGCUUACCGGAUUGUCUCUAAUCACUCUGCGGAUGAAACUAACCUGAAAUCUACUGCAUAGCAGAUAUGUUUAAAUUCUGAGAGCUUACAUCUGCUUAAUGUUGAGUAUAAUCAUUGUAAACAUUACGUUUGAGUAUAAUCAUUCUAGCCAAGCCAAAAAUGCUGCUUCUACUCUGAA